AUGUAUUUUAGGGUUGGUGGACAAGACUUUUGGGUGACGCUCGAUACUGGAUCUUCCGAUCUGUGGAUCCUGUCCAGCAAUUACUCAUCAUCAGAUGACGAUGGGGUUGCAGAGUACAACCCUUCGUCGACGGGUUCUUUGCACUUAGACUUGCCGUUCGAGCUUGAUUAUCUCCUUGGAUCUGUCACUGGUUUAGCCAACCAUACGAACAAUAUCAGUAUCUCUGGCAACCAUAAUUCUGGCAUUCUGGGCCUUGCUUUUCCUUCAGCCGCCAGCAUCACAGAUGGUACAGCAGGCUCUCCUUUGGCGAACAUAUUCAACUAUCUUCCUGGCCCUCUUCGAUUCUUUGCGCUGAAACUUGGACGAGAAGAACAUCAUCUCGUUGACCCUACAUCAUCCUUCUCUGUUGGACAGCUCGACCCUGCCUUCGCAGCCGAUUUUUCGAACUUUAGCUUCUACCCUGUUUCAAGCGCUGGAGCCAACGGGUACAACUAUUGGAAACUCCCGCUUAUAUCUCUUACGAUCAACUCCACUGAUAUCCCGCUGUCUCCUUCUUCACUCCCAGGUUCUCGACGCCCUGUCGCCGUUCUGGAUACAGGAACUACGUUCGUAUUGGGACCUACCAUUGAUGUGGAAACCUUUUGGAAUACGGUCAGCUCGAAUGGCAAUAUUACUCGAAGGAAUCUUGUUACAAACCUAUGGGAAGUCAGAUGCCAAAAAGCUCUAGUUGCUAGUUUGGUUUUCGGUGAAGGUGCCUACAGAAAGGAGUUUUUUCUGCAUCCGGAGGACCUUAACUGGGCAGGUGAACGGCUCCGAUGGAAACUGAACGUUUACGUCUCACACCAUGGUAAAAAUACUACCCACGAUCCUAUGAUUGGACUCGCCAGCACGACAGACAUCUCUACCACUCUGCAAGAAUUUCGUCAAGGACGCGGGCCUGACAUGACACCUCUAACGUCAAUACAAGUUCGUGAACGAGUGCAUCAUUCAGACCCUUUCCGUGCAGCUAUUGUGUAUUCUGUCUCUUCGAUGUGCGGAUUCCUCGGAGGCAUGGUGAUAACGGUCUUAUUUCGGCUUCAGCAUCAGAAAUCUCUCAGAAAAUACAGCUAA